AUGGGCUCGGAAAUGGACACCUUUGCGGCCCGCCUAGCUAGCUUUGAUACAGUGCUGAAGCCGGAGAAACGCCGCUCUUCAGGUACAAAAACACCCAAAUCGAUUAUAUGGCCACACCAGCGACCCUCACCAGCCGAGUUGGCGCAUGCUGGAUUCUACUAUAAACCAUACGAGACAAAUCCUGACAACACAACAUGUUUUGAGUGCCACCGGGCGCUGGACGGCUGGGAGGAGGACGACAACCCCGUCACAGAGCAUCUCAAGCAUGCGCCCGACUGCGGAUGGGCCAUCAUGAUGGACCUCCAACAAAAUAGUUCCAACCCCGCUUCAAUUGAAGACCCUACAGGCGACCGGAUUACACAAGCGAGACUGUCAACAUUUAGUACGAAAUGGCCUCACGACGGGAAAAAGGGCUGGAUGGUUGAAGGUGGAUGGUAUUUCUGCCCUACAGACGAGAGCAAUGAUCUAGCUAGCUGUGUUUAUUGCAAGUUGUCGUUGGAUGGGUGGGAACCCAAGGACGACCCAUUUGAUGAACAUUAUCGCCGCUCCUCAGAUUGUUCAUUCUUUGUCUUCGCCCAGCCGCCAGGAAAGAAAAGCAAAUCUACCCGUGCGAAGAAAGCCCCCCGUGUUUCCAAAACGUCCUCCCGGCUUUCAACCCAAUCCGUUGGCCCAGUUACUUCUGAAGCGCCCGACACAGAAAUGGACGAGUCGAUGGACCAGAGCAUCAUGUCCCAGCCCAGCACGAAAUCAAAAUCCACAAAGAAGGCACCUAAGAGCAAAUCAAAGGCGACCAAGACUAAGAAGGAAGAAUCAGCAGAGGUAGAAAGCCAAAUUGAGGCCGACAUUGGAGAAGUCGCCCAACCAGAGCCUAUCAAAUCCAAACGUGUAGGCAGAGGAAAGAAGAGGGCCAGUGAGGAUGUCAAGGAUGAACCAAAUCCAGUCACUAUGGAGGAAAGAGAGCCGUCGCAACCGCCAGAAGAACCCCCAGCAAAGAAACGCGCUACAAAAACACGUAGCAGCAGCAUUGCUCGCAACUACAAUUAUGAACACAGUGACUCUGCAAUGGCGGACGCAGAGCCGGUGGAUGACACUGCUUCGGAAGAGGAAACCAAGAGAGGUCGCAAGCCCACGAAAAAGGCAGGGGCCAAGGCUCGAAAGGUCUCUGAUGUGCCUGUUGCGUUAAAAGGUCUGUCGAAGGCACGAGCCCCUCGUGACUCCGAGAUCGACGCGGAAAUCGAAGCAGGUCUCGAAGCAGAUAUCCCUGAACCUGCCGAACCCGAGCCUAAGAUCGAGGCAGAGCCGUCAGAGCCACGGGCAUCGAAGAAGAUAAAAUCGAGCAAGAAGUUCAAGGCUGUGGCUAAAUCCCCCGAGCCGGCCGUACGUGAUCUAGUAGAGGAUGUCAGUGAUCACGAUGAACGCUCAGAUCCUCAUGUGGAACCAGUUGAUGAUGAACCGGCGGCACCCGAGCCGCCAGCCCCGAAGACCAAGAUAGCAAAAGGAUCCAAGAAAAAGGUGACAAAAAAGACCAAGACCGAAGAGACGAUAAAAGCACAGUUGCCAGAGCCUCGAGCAUCUUUAGAGCUCAGAGCUCCCGAUGAUUGGGAUGAACCCGAACGUCAUGACUCUUUCAUCUCUGUCGAGAUUGUGAGCAAGGAGCCGGAGUAUGCAUCGGAGCCUGAAGAACCCAUGGCGAAGGCUGAAUCGAAGAAGACUUCCAAGAAGAAGGAUGCCACAUCAACCAAAGACAAAAAAUCUAAGAAAUCCGAGAAAAAGGCGGAGCAAGCUGCUGUUAUUGAACCCCCAGCCGAAGAACCUCGCGCCGAAGCGUUGAUGGAGGAACAUGAUGAUGAAUUUGAGACUGCAGACGAUUUGCCUGACCAGCUUCAGAUGGUCAACCCUCCACAAGAAAUGUCUCCGGGGCCACAAUCUCACCAGAAGACGCUCAGUCUACCGCCAAAGACUGCCAAACGGUAUAGCGAUAUCCCUCAUGAAGAGCAUCUUGCAGAGGCCCUAGUCCAAAGCCAGGAUUCCCCCCACGAAAUGCACCAGUCCCGGCGGAAUUCAAAACGCUCUAAUCGGGCAGUUUCACCACUUCCGCCAGCUCACCAAAACACUCCCUCGCUAUCGCCUCAGUCAUCAGAUGCUGAAAACCGGCCUCCAUCGUCGCGGCCCUCAGCAUCCCGUCCACCUGUUCAAUCAACACCCAAGCAUCCCGAUUUUCGAGUCCCUCUGGCAGCUAGUACCCCGUCACCAUCCAAGCGCAAUGCCAACGGCGGAUUCGGACCUUCCAGCCAUCCAUGGACACCAGUGGAUAUUGAUGAAGUACUGUUUGGAGAAGCUAGCGACAAGGAAAACGCAGAUUUAUCUGAACUUUUCAAAGGCGCAAAAGCUGGCUUGACUAGCCCAGAGAAGAAGAUGACGGUCCAAGAAUGGAUCGCGUGGAACGCGAAGAAUGGCGAAGAACGACUGAAGAGAGAAUGUGAGCGGCUUGUCGGCCAAUUCGAAAAGGAAGGUGGCCGAGCAAUGCGACGACUCGAAGCUAUCGAGUGCAUUGACUAA